AUGUUGUUGUCUUCUCCGGCGGACGUUCACUACGACGAACUCCAUGUGCGCAGUCCAAAGGUCGCCGGAAACUGUCAGGGCAGAGCAGCGGUCGGCGGGCUGUGCGGUAAGUACUGGGAUUGGGGUCUGUCGGAUCUGGCGUGGAGGUCGGGUGCUCCGGCGUGUAGGCUUNUGUGUCGAUUUUGGUGUGUGGGUGCGUGUGGUGUGUAUGUGUGGGUGCGUGUUGAGUGUGUGAAAGGUGGUGACGUGGUGGAGAGAGAAGGAAAUAGAGAGAUGAGUUGUGUUAGGUCACGUGGCAGCUGGUAG